AUGCAAUCGAUCCGUCGCCUGGUUCUGUUCGGCCUUCUGGCGGCACUGAGCGUAUGCGCCUUUGCCAAGCCGCAUGGAUGGAGUGGUGGCGGUGGUGGUGGCUCCUCCGGUUGGUCAGGUGGUGGCGGUGGCGGUGGCGGCUGGAAAAGCGGUGGUGGUGGCGGCUGGUCAUCGGGUGGCAGUUCCUCUGCUUGGCCCGGCAAGAUAAGCAUCAGUUCUUGGCCUUCUAGCGGCGGCGGUGGUUGGUCUUCAGGCGGCGGCGGUGGUGCGGCUGGAGGUCAGGCGGUGGUGGAGGUGGCUGGAAGUCAGGAGGAGGAGGUGGAGGUGGAUGGAAGAGUGGCGGCGGCGGUGGAGGUGGAUGGAAGAGUGGCGGCGGCGGUGGAGGUGGCUGGAAGAGCGGCGGUGGUGGAGGUGGCUGGAAGAGCGGCGGAGGCGGCGGCGGUUGGUCUUCCGGCGGUUCGAGUGGCGCCUGGAGCUGGUAAAACCUUGUUGAAAACGGACCAUUGA